AUGCUAAGUCGGCACGCCGCAUCCACACCAGACUACCCGUCGACUAUUCCACGCCCUACUAUGGACUCUGGAAUGGACGGCACACAAACUCUACGCCAUGCACAUGGGCCUGCGGCCAUAGAUCCAGAGGUUGAUCCAACUCCCCCGAGCGCUACCCCUGGUGCUGCCAUAAACAUCAAGCCACCUACCCAACCGGAGCCAUGCCGCAUUAGCCCGUCUACCGCCAACCGAAGCUUCCCAAAGUUGAAGACUGGCCAUCAGAGGCAACAAUCUGUUCCAAACUUCCCCUCAUCCUCCACCUCAAACCAGCCUAUCCCGCAAGUGACGCUUUCGCCAUCAACGGAUCGAGGGAGUGGUCGUCCCCUGUCGGUCAACAUGGCUCUCACCGGAGACAACAGAAGCAGGAAAUCGGCUGACGCCUCCCGAGGAGGUAUACUGAGCGGCUGGUUCACCGGUUCCGGGUCCCCUAACGGUGCGGAGGGCACCAGCCCGACAACUCAAGCUGCCAGAACGAACAACGACAACACAGACGAAACGCCUUCGAUGUUACGCAGGAGAGCAACGGCUGAUCAAACACCCAAAGGAAACUCGCCAAGUACCUCGCGAUUCGCCUUCUUCACCUCACCAUUUUCGAAGAACAACCAGGGACCAGUCGACCCGAAGCAGCACGAGGAACUUCUCAACUUGAAUAUUCAGGAAGCUCUGUUUCCCCCAUCCUCUCCGACACAACGAGACGCGUUCUCGCCCGCUGCGUUCAAGAACCUCGAGGCCACUGCCGUUGGUCUGUUGACGAAAUUCCAAAGUGCCUACCAAAGACAGAAUGCCGUCCUCCAAGACCUUCGGGAUGACAAAGACGCCCAGGUAGACGAGAGUGAGGAGGCCGACACACGCAUUCAACACCUGAAGGUUCAGUUGGAGAACAUGGCUUCAAAGGUUGCUGAGCAAGAGCAAUCGAUACAGCAACUUAUGGCGGAGCUCGCUGCUGAGAAAAAGGCGAGGCAAGAGGAGCGUCUAAUGAGGGAACGGGGCCGUCCUAUUUCCGAAGGAUCAUCGAUAUCUGAAGAUCUUGGCGUCGAAGAGGAUCAGGCCAGGAGGAAGUGGAGAAAGAGCGUCGGGUUCGAAACAGACGAUGAAAGUGUCGAGGACGCCAGCGUCUUUUCGAGAUCACGGAGCCCUACCACUGCCGCCCCGAGCGUCUUCGAGGGCAGUAUCACCGAAUUAUCUCCAGCGCCGUCGGUAGCCAAAGCAAAUACACUUGGGCCGCCAAAGGCGUCGCGGCCAACUGCUUCGAAGACGCCUCAGCAGCAAACCAGUGUUUUCCAAAAGCUCAUGCGAGGAGUGACAGGUGAUCCGAAGGAUCAGGGAGGUUCAUCAUCGUGCGCAAAUUGCCGUGGCCAGGACGAGCGAGCUGCUUGGGACACUGUUAGUCUGUUAAGGGAUGAGAACCGGGGCCUGAAGCAUCGUGUCGCCGAGUUAGAGACGUGUGUGGAUAGUGCAUUGGAUGCAGUGAACGGCAUUAGACUCGACUGA